GUCUGUGUGUUCCAGGGUCUGUGUGUUCCAGUCAGAGCAGGAUCCUAACUAGCACCACCUGUCCUGCUGGGAUUACACACCUCUACAGGGAGAUGGAUGCUGAAGGAGUCAACAUGGAGCUGUUUCCUACAGUGUACCUGUUUAACACUGUAGAGGAAGGAAUGAGACCCACUACCCCCAACUACGGCAAUGGAACCACCAAAUGGGACGAUGAGUACGAUGAUGAAGUCUGUUCCAAGACAGAUGUGGUCAGGUUCGGAGCCCUCGUCACACCCAUGGUCCUCUCCGUGGUCAUUGCGCUAAGCCUUGUGGGUAACCUGCUGGUGUUGGUGGUUCUGGCCAGGUACGAGUGUCUUCGGUCACUGACGAAUGCGUUCAUGAUGAACCUGGCAUUGUCUGACCUGGUGUUCACCUGCGGCCUUCCCUUCUGGGUCUCUUAUCACCUGAUUGGUUGGAGCUACAGUGACCUCACCUGUAAGGCGGUCAGCUUCCUGUUCUAUGCUGGCUACUACAGCAGUGGCAUCUUUCUCAUCCUGAUGACACUGCAUCGUUACCUGGCCGUGCUCCGCCCCCUAUCUCACCUGGUGUCAGGCCCCUCCCACUCUCAGGGCACCUGGAGCGCUGUGGUCUCAUUGGUUGUCUGGACCGUCAGUGUGUUAGCUGCUACGCCAGCUCUCAUCUUUACCAAGUUAAUCAUCACUGAUCCUGUGGACCCUAACAACCCUGAUGGGCCUAGUGACUCUAAAGCCCCUAGUGGUGGCCAGCGGUACUGUGAGGUUGCAGACGUCGGCUGGAGGCUGUGGGGGGUCUACCAGCAGAACAUCCUCUUCAUAGUGACAUUACUAGUGGUGUGUGUCUGUUACAGUCAGAUUCUAGUCCGACUCCUGAGGCCCAGGGUUAGGGUUAGGGUUAGGCGCCAGAGGAGUGGAGGAGACAGGAGGAGCCAGAGGACCGCCAGGCUGGUCUUGGGCCUGGUCCUGGUGUUCUUUGUGGGCUGGGCGCCGUACAACGUUGUCAUCUUCCUCAGGACGCUGGUGUAUAAGGGACAAGAUGGAGGCGGUGCUGGCAGUGCUGAGUCAUCUAAACCACUAGGGGUCGAGUGUGGUGCCAGCAACAUGUUAGAGUACUCCUUCUAUGUGACCAGGCUGCUGGCGUUCUCCUACUGCUGUCUCAACCCUCUGUUCUACGUGUUCGUUGGGGUCAAGUUCCGGAACCACCUGAAGAGAAUGUUGAAGGGUUGUUGUCAUGGUGUUACCGUUGUCAAUAACAACAACAACAGCAGUGUUCUGUACAGGAGCAGCAGACUGACAUCACAGUCCAGUGGGGAGGAGUUCUCACUUUAAACAACAACACUGUAAACAACAUCAACAACAUCAACAACAACAACAGCUGACAUCACAGUCCAGUGGGGAGGAGUCACUGUACUAGACAUCACUUUCAUACUAGAUAUUGUAGUAUUCUUUACUUCAUGUUACCUGGAACCAUUCACUUUCAUACUAGAUAUUGUAGUAUUCUUUACUUCAUGUUACCUGGAACCAUUCACUUUCAUACUAGAUAUUGUAGUAUUCUUUACUUCAUGUUACCUGGAACCAUUCACUUUCAUACUAGAUAUUGUAGUAUUCUUUACUUCAUGUUACCUGGAACCAUUCACUUUCAUACUAGAUAUUGUAGUAUUCUUUACUUCAUGUUACCUGGAACCAUUCACUUUCAUACUAGAUAUUGUAGUAUUCUUUACUUCAUGUU